UGUCCCUCUUUCACAAAUAAUAAGCCUUGAGCGGUAGGACCCUGAGGGCCACCAGCAAUCAUCGUUAAACUUGGACAAGAACACCUCAAGGGGUCUCUGCCAGACGUGCACGUGAAAAGAAGUUCGCCUCAAUAAUAAAAAAGUUCAACUUUGAGCCAUUUAAUUGGCUCAGAACAUUUCACAGGAAAAUGCAACUGUGCUUGAUGCCAGAUUUUCGCCCGCUAUAUAUAGGAAGUCGUAGAGAACUUGCUGCUUUUUUCAACUAAACCAUUCCGAGCAGUUUAGUUGAUGAGUCGCACUUUUUGACAUAUUCACCUGGCAAGAUGAGCGCUUCAGUAGCCGUGUACAGGAAUAUUUACACCGAGGAUCGCUUCAAGCAGUCAUACGGUACACGGGACAAGGCUGGCGAGGGAGAACGGCUCAGAGACAAGCUUUUCAGACGGUGCAGGUGUUCCCAGUCGGCAUUCCUUCACCUGUUGAAAGAGCGAGUGCCCAUUUUCAACUGGCUACCGAAGUACAGGUUUAAAAAAUGGAUAUUAGGAGACAUGGUAGCGGGUGUUACUGUCGGGAUACUUCACAUACCUCAAGGGAUGGCGUUUGCUCUGCUGACGUCGGUGGCUCCCAUCUAUGGCCUCUACACCUCCUUCUUUCCCGUCAUUCUCUACAUGCUCUUCGGCACCGGGCGCCACGUCUCCACAGGUACCUUUGCCGUGGUGAGUCUGAUGACGGGCUCGGUGGUGGAGCAGCUGGUUCCAGUGGGCCUGAACUCCAGCAGCGCUGAGGCUGCAGAAGCAGAGGCUCAGAGGAUUGGCGUGGCAUCGGCGGUGGCCUUCCUCUCAGGGAUCAUGAUGAUCGGUAUGUUUGGACUGCAGCUGGGGUUCCUGUCCACUUACCUGUCCGAGCCCAUCGUCAAAGCUUUCACCAGCGCCGCCGCCUUCCACGUGACAGUGUCACAGCUGCAAAGCAUGCUGGGACUGCGGCUGCCCCGCUACACGGGCCCAUUCUCCCUCUUCAAGACCCUGGCAUCAGUUCUGGAGAAUCUGCCCCACACAAACCUGGCUGAAUUCUUCAUCUCGCUGGUCUGUCUGUCCGUCCUGGUGUCAGUCAAAGAGGUCAACUCACGCUUUCGCCAACGCCUGCGUACACCCAUUCCCGUGGAAAUACUCACUGUCAUCAUCGCCACGGGCGUGGCCUACGGCUCAUCCCUGGACUCCAGAUACGACGUUCAGAUCGUGGGGCACAUUCCCGCCGGCUUCCCUCAGCCCAGGCUACCAGCCCUGCAGACUCUGCCUGCGGUGGCCGGGGACACGGUGGCCAUCACCUUCGUGGGCUACGCCGUGUCCGUCUCUCUGGCCAUGAUCUACGCCGACAAGCACGGCUACUCCAUACACCCCAACCAGGAGCUGCUGGCCCAUGGGAUUUCCAACACCGUGUCAUCCCUGUUCACCUGUUUCCCCAGCUCAGCCACCCUGGCCACUACCAACAUCCUGGAGAGUGCAGGGGGGUUCACUCAGCUGUCAGGCUUCUUCACCAGUCUGGUAGUUCUGAUUGUGCUCCUGCUGAUCGGACCUCUUUUCUACUUCCUUCCCAAGGCAGUACUGGCCUGUAUAAAUGUCACCAGCCUGAGGCAGAUGUUCCUGCAGUUCCAGGACCUGCCAGACCUGUGGAGGAUCAGCAAGAUGGACUUUGUGGUGUGGCUGGUCACCUGGCUGUCUGUGGUUGUCCUGAAUGUUGACCUGGGUCUGGCUAUCGGUGUGGUCUUCUCCAUGAUGACAGUCAUCUGCCGCACACAGAGGGCAGACUGCUCAGUGCUGGGAAGGGCAUCCAAUACGGAGAUCUACAGACCUAUUGAGCAGCACAGCAAGUGUUGCGAGAUCCCAGGGGUGAAGAUCCUGACCUACAAUGGGCCCAUUUACUACGGAAACCGCAGUUUCUUCAGAGAGGCAGUGACUCGGCUGCUGGACCUCACUCCUGAGAGGAUCCGCAGGUCAGAGAAAAUACAGGAGAGGAGAGACAGAGAGGCCGUCGCUACUGUGGAAGCAGGAGUGGCCAACACAUCAUUUUCAUCAGAAAAUGAAUUUAUUAAAUCAGAAACCAGCAGCAGUGAAAUCCAGGCAGUGUUAAUCGAUUGCAGCAGCGUGAGUUUUGUGGAUGUGGCUGGAGCCAGGUUAUUUAUUCAGGUGUGUACAGAAUGCCAGAAAGUAGGAGUGCAAAUAUACCUGUCAAACUGCAAUGAAAGCGUGCUGAAGAUCCUGACCUCCAGCGGUCUGAUGAAUCACAUGAGCGCGCAGCACAUCUUCGUCACGGUCCACGAUGCCGUGGUCCACAUCCAGCAGCAGAAGGUACCAGGCCUUUCAGCGCCCGCCCAUUUUCAGUCUGAAGGAAACGCUCCUUUAAAAGGAAAAUGACCAUGACCGGGAUGCUGUACGCAUGCUCAUGCAGCAAAGCCCUUAGAAAAGGACGGUGCGUGGAAGGCUCUGUGUGGUCACGGGUUCUGUUUCUGUUCUGUUCAGGAGAAGCCCACGGAGAGCACGAGCACAGUGUGGGUGUGAGGUGUGGAUGGUUCCCCCCCUGCACGGGGGGGGUGGGGGGUGGGAGGCGCAGCCAGCAGGAGGAGGAGGGAGGAGAGAGGAGGCGGCCUAUCAGUGACAGUGAGCUCUGCCUCACAAACACCUUUGUGUGUAUGUGCGUGUGUGUGAUUGUGUGUGUGUGUGUGUGCAUGUGUGUGCGCGCGUGUGUGUGUGCCUGCGUGUGUGGGAGCGUGCUCUGUUCAUGUGAUCCUUGCCACCCCAGUCAAACAUUUACUGACCGGGAACGUUUCUGAAGGGUUCCCCUCCACCUGACUGGUGAAAAACCAGAAUCGCCACUGCAUGCCCGUGAAAGCCAAAUCUCUGCAACCUGCCUCAAGAAAUGUAUUCUUUGUGUUAUUCAUUAACCUAUUCAGGAGCACACACAAUGUACACCAUUCACCUGCAUAUAGAAUCCCAGUUAAAUGAACAAGAAAACUGAUGUCAAAGCAAUUGAGAAGAAAAUAGUAGCUUUAGCAUACUUUAUAUGUCAUCUUUUUGCAGUUAUACCUAAAGUGUUCUGAAGUAUAUUGUUUUUCAGCAUAAUAUUUUUUCACGUGGGUGAUGUUCAAUCGAUUCAGCAAUGGGCGGAGCUGAAAUCCGCUCCAAUUAAUUGACUUGUUCAAAAGUAUUUCAUCCUCCACAGCAAAGCACGGCAGUCGUUUCAAAUCAGUGAGUCACUGGCAUUCUCCUACCGCUCAUUUAGAACUUUAACCUGUUGUACACGGACCAGGCUUGCCCCCACUUCACCUUUAUUAAAAAUAAUACACAGUCAAAUAUUGUGUGUGAAAUACAUUGCUCUCCAAAGGUAUAGGAACAUUAGAGUGGAAUUUGUUAUCUUUGGUUUGAAUUUGGGUUUGAAAUCAAAAGAUGAAUAUGAGAUUAAAGUACAGAAAAUUUGAUUUCUUUCCACGGUAUUUACAUGCGUAUGUGUUUUACCAUUUUACAGAAAUAGAAGAAAUACCUUCAGUAUAGCAACAAUAAAUUUCACUCUAUCGUUCCCAUAAUUUUAGAGGGGACUGUACAUAUGGGACGGGUUGUAUAUUGGUUACAUUUAUUUAAUUCAACAUACAUUUGUAGAAAUAUAUGUACUGGUUAUUUGUAAAAAAAAAAAAAAAAAAGUGCAAUUUUACAAUGUGUUGUCACAAUGCAUAUCCCAAAGAAACUUUCAUAUUGCGUACAUUCUUUGUUUUCUGCCAUACAUACAUUUUAAUAUUCUGUGCAUUUCUAUGCUAUAUUUCUCAUGCUGAAAUCCAUUUCAAAUAUGCAUUCCUCUGCUGUUCUAAUUACUGCAUGUACGAUGGCACAGGCAGUGGAGACACAAGUCUCUCUCUCUCUCUCUCUCACACACACACACACACACACCUCACAUCGAACCACAGGCAAUCCACUUGGGGGGGGAGAGCACAAAUGAGGACGCACAAAAUGAACUGAUAAGGCCUCUCCCAUGCCCACUUAGCGCAUUUGAUCCUGGCACCAGGCCCCACACUUAUAAAGUGUCUCAGAACACAGGUGUUCACACAGGACCAGGAUCCGUGGCCUAGCCUUAUCCACCGUGAGCUGAAAGACCAAACCUGCAACUCACGGCGAUCUGAUCCUAGAUCAGUGCUCCUACCCUGAGACACAUUCUGCAUACUGGUCCCCAGAGUGAGCACUUCCCUGUUACAGUGCAGCAACAUGGUGUGUGUAGAGCCUGUUAGCUUAGUGGUUUUAAAUUAUUUGAUGUAUGUUUUUUUUCAUUUUUAUGUGUUUUUUUAUGUGGCUUGAAGACUAGCACUCCAACACAUGCUGUGUAUAUUCUGUUGUUUUGAUUGACUUUAAUCUUGAUGGGAAAGUAUGAACAAAGAUGACUUGUUUAAAUUGCACUGAACAUUAGCAAUAAGGCUACUGUAUGUCCAGACUUUUGACUUGUACUAUAGGUUGUGUCGGAAUAUUUUUAUAAUAAUUUUGAAAUAAACGUACCUUUUCAAUA